AUGGCACCAACUCUUGGUCCGGAUAUACCACCGUCCUCUUCUCUGUCACCUUACGGUCGGCCUGCCCAGCCGCGUAGCAGAAGCUCUUCAUCGUUCUUGCAGAGUAGCGGCGACAAUGUGACCAUCGGUUCAUCUCCGGCAUAUUCAUCUUCGUCUGUGUCGAUUCCGUUUGAGGAUGGUGACGUAGAUGUCGUUCGAGUGGAGGGUCUGCGGCAUUCCGAUGCGCGGUUAGAAGCGCGUCGGCAAAGCCAAUUAGUCGUGGAACAGGAAGGGGAACUCUAUCCUGGUUUGCUGCUGGUUACGUUACAAAACCACUCCCUUCUCGACGCAACUUCUUCAGACACUCCGUUCGUUGAGAGUGCCAACAUGGGCCAAUCCCGCGAUCACGGAAACCAGGAUGUCUCAGGCACUCGCAUCGUCCUCCUCCGCAUCUAUGGCCCUUCUUCGGAUUCUAUGAUUUCCCGUCCUAGAGAGCUGCAGACCUUGUAUGUGCUGUCCUCACAGUAUCAUAUUGGUCCACGUGUAUAUGGCACAUUCGAGAACGGACGAGUAGAGGAAUAUUUUGAUGCUCUUACUCUUACCGCUGCCGAUCUGCGCGACCCGAAGAUCAGCUCAUGGAUUGCUGCACGCAUGGCAGAGCUUCACGGCGUCAACGUCGAGGAUGUCGAGCAGAGGCAAGUCGGUGACGAUGAAAAGAGUAUUGCGGUCGAGAGGAACGUCAAGUCUUGGCUGGGCUUCGCACGAGAGGUCCUCGCGUUGCCCUCCGCGUCGGACGCGAUUCGUCAGGAGCUGGACCUGGAUGGGUUUGAGCAGGAGUGGGAGCGGUACCGACUUUGGUUGCAUAAGCAAAACACAAGCGGACUCGGCAAUACUCGAGUGUUCGCACACAACGACACUCAGUAUGGAAACCUAUUGAGGCUAAAAUCCCUCAAAGAAGGCCAGCCGGAACAUCGUCAGAUCAUCGUCGUCGACUUCGAAUAUGCCGCUCCCAACCCCGCGGCGUUUGACAUAGCAAACCACUUCCACGAAUGGACCGCCAAUUAUCAUUCUGAUACACCACAUGUCCUGGACCCUGCUCUCUAUCCGACAACGGAGCAACGUCGCAACUUCUACCGCUCCUACAUACAGCAUGUGGCAUCGGGCGCUAAGCUGUCUGCAGGACCCUCCGGAGAUGCCUUGGAGGUUGAAUUGCAGAACCUUGACCGUCAAGUUCGUGCAUGGAGCCCCGCGUCACAUGCAAUGUGGGCUUUGUGGGGGAUCGUUCAGGCGAGGGAAUAUGUUGAAGGAAAAGACGGAGAUCCAGAAUUCGACUAUCUCGGAUACGCCCGAUGUCGGAUGCAGGGAUUUCGUCGGGAAACGCGGGAGCUCGGAGUGCCACUUUGAUAAAACUUACAAUAUGCGGAACCGUCCUCUUAUGUGUCUGCGUUCAGUGCUCUGUACAACCUAUCCAUCGCUCAAGCUUCCAUUAUGUGUAAUCAUCUUAUCUCUCACGUAUUUCCUAAAGCAAUUCACACCUUAUGACUCACAUGAAUGUCAAGCAAGCUG